UCUGGUCUACGAAAGCUCGCCGAUUGUUUUGGGAGAGAAUGGUGUUACAACUGUGCUUGUUCCGCUGAACAGUAUUAUGUCUGAACAAAUAGAGAGACUGAACAGGCUUGGAUACAGAGCUGUGCAAGUAUCGAAUGACACUGAAAAGCAAGCUGUUAUGAACGGAUAUUUUCAGUUCGUGUUUGGAAGCCCCGAACUUCUCGUCGGUGAUGACAAAUGGAGAGAAGUUUUGAGAAAUCCAAUCUUCACAUCAAAACACCAAUUGAUUGUGGUCGAUGAGGCCCACACCGUAAUUCAAUGGGGGCUAGAGCAUCAACAAGAAGGGCCAUUUCGAGAGUGGUUUGCUCACAUAGGAGAGAUGCGAUCACUUUGUAUUGGGGUACCUAUACUGGCGCUCACCGCGACAGCUAGCCCCACACACAAACGCCAAAUUAUGCAGAAACUGUGUUUUCGUCAUCCAUCCUGUGUAAUUCUAGACAGUCCAGAUAGAUCAAACAUUAAAUUGAAUGUACUGAAAGUGAAAAAAUAAUGUAGAAUUAGAAAAUGUAUUUCAGUGGUUAACAGCUGCAUUAGUUGAGAAUGGGCAAGAAUUACAGAGGCAUCUAAUAUUUUGUAACUCAAUUAAAGACUGUGCUAUGAUUUAUAUGCUGUUCUUAAAAAUCUGUGGGCCUACAAAUCAUUUUAACAUGUAUCACAGUAAAACAACUGAUGCCACUAAAGAAAAAAUCCGUAAAGACAUGAAUGAAGCGAA